CACAUGAUUUAUUCAGUAUUUUUGUCGGUUGUAAUUAAAUCCCACAUGAUGGCCUUCCAAUGACCAAGGUGGUUUGGAAACGUAACACUGAUCAGUUUGGCGUGGUCCAGUUUGAGCUUUAAAAAAAGUCCCUUCCUUCCGAUGAGCGAGUGAACGCUUGGCAUGUGGCGUUCUGGAGUGUGCAUUUCCUGUGUAAAUGUGAAAUGUGGAGACUGCAGCAGUCUGCCGCCAAACGAGACAAGCAGACGACACGUUGUGUGAAAGGAAUCGCGCCGUGUUCCAUCUUCAAAGACCUACAUCUGGCAGUUUUCUAAGAAAUAUCAUGGGGAAAUAUCAGUGGUAUAUUGUUAUCAUGAAAGACGUUUGAUCAGAGUCUAAUACUGACAGAGGAGGGAAAAUGGAUUAUAUUAGCGCUUCGUGGCAGAUAUAGGGGUGGUAUAACAAUUUGGCAAUGAAAAGAGAUCAGGUGUAGGGAGUUUGGACCCCGAAGUAAGCAGUGGCACACUAGUUGUGGAAUUAUGGUCUGUGUUUGGGCAGUUUUAUAGGGGAACAUGACAGCAGAAUACGAAGGUAUUGGCUUUCACCUGAAACAACUGGUGGAGCGAUUGCUUCAACAGAACAUCCCAGACCAAGAAGGGGCCUAUGGCAACUUCAACUACAGCCUCACAGGGAUGCGUCUGACCAGUGCGAAGCUGCCAAGAGCGUCCCUCUACCCGGAGGCACUGUUCACGCAGAGAGGGGCGCUGACGAUUAUAGGAAAAUAUGUCUUCCAAUACAAUUCCUUCAUGACACACUUUGCAGAAGGAGAUUUUGAAGUGCACAUGACAGAGCUGUCUAUCAUUUUCAGACAAAUUUCAUCAAGAAAUUACAAUUCAACAUCACAGCAGCAAGCAGCCAUAAACCCAGGGGAUGUAGACCAGGAUGUGAUCGUGGCCUUUAUACGACAAGGACGCAUAGAGUGUAAGAUAGGCAAAAUUAAGGCCAAGUUCCAUGGAGGAUCAGCAGGACUCUGUCAUUUUGUGUCCAAAUUUUUACUGCGUGCCAUGAGGACACAGAUAGAAAACCAGGUUGCUGGUUUCAUCAGAAAUCUGAUAAAAGAUGAUGAGGAUAAAGCAAUUAUAGCUAUAUUAGGUCUGUUUGCACUCAACAGUGAAUCACCUGAGGCAGCACAGCCUGAUGAAGGGCGAGGCUUCAGGUCAUCCAUACGAAGGCUGUUCGGGAGGAUGCGAGGCAGUCAGCCUCAGGCCGUGCACUAACACAGAUCAAACCGGUGACCCUAACAGGUCACAACCCACUUACAGUUGUACUCAUGACCACAAACAAGGAUAAAAGGCAGUUACUUUUAGCCUUGAUACAUCACAAGGUAUUCAGUCAUUACCCAGAGAGGACACAGUCAACUCUUAAAGGUCAUAAGGCAGUCAACCUUGACCAUGAAAGGUCACUGGGCAGUGAGAUGUGCAUAUCCUUCAUACACACUUCAUGGCCUUUAUGCAUGCCAUACAGCCAUCUUGCAGAGUUAGAGAUCAGUCAAGGCACCGCAUGUCGACAGUAUCAACACUGAGUCUUAGAGACGAGAGCUCUUGAGUGAAAAAAUAGCAGUUCAUAUAAAUGAAAAAUGAAUAAUCUAGGGAAAAAAAUAGUUCUUUUGCCAAAUGACUUGAUGAAGGCUUCAUAAAAAAGUGGGUGAAAAUCCAUCUUCAUUUCUUUUGGAAAAUAAUAUUAAAACAAUAGAUGAAUUGCGAUGUAUACACGAAGGAGCAACUAUAGAAACUUACUAGAUUAAAUUUCAAUAAAGUGGUUGGUUGUAUAGUUAGGAAAGGUCAAAUUAAAAUUGAUAUGUUUUUCUUACACCAAGUACAGUGUAUGAUAAUCAGGGUCAGAUCUACAGACUGAUGCUGAAACUUAGAUGGCUGGAUCUCUACUCAGGAUGGCAUCACUGGCUCAUUAGGUGUUAACAUGCACAUACACAGAUAGUAUGUCAUCAUUAUUUGGAAUAUAUGCCCAAAUUUGAAGGCUACCUUACAGUGUUACAAAUGUACAUGUAUAUUAAUAUUGGUUGAAUUUUAAAUAAAGUAUUUUCUUGCCUGCCUCAUGACUGCCAAAAUAAAUGAGGCUAUCGGAUGCAUGUGAUUUAUACAGGAUAAAAAUAUGAUUGAACUGAUAUAAUCAUAAUGUAUAUAUACAAACAUUUAUAGAAUAUAUAUGAAAAACCUAUAUAUACAAUGUAUAUGUAAGUCAUAAUCACUGAGCUUUGAGUGUCAGGAAUGCUUCGAUAUUCUUGUGUUACAUGAUAUUGUUGUCAUAGACUUCUAAGGUCAUAUUGACAAGUAUCAUCAUUUUUCAAGUUCUUAAUUUACAAAAUAAAUUUAAAUUUUGUUUUUGAUUUGAAUGCGUGUCUACUAAAGAUCUAAACUCAAUUUUCAUUCCAUUUUCCUCGUGAAUCCAUAAUAAGAACAUGUGACUAUGUGUAUGUAUUAAGGUUGUAUUUGUAACAUUUGACAAAUUAGAACAUUUGAUUUACGAGGUUACCUCAGACCUUUGAAAAGAUGAACUACUAAUUGUCAUCAUGCAUGUUUCAUCCCUCAUCUUCCGAAAUCAUCCACAUUUUUAAAUUCCCAAGUCACACUGUCCGGAUUAACUUAAUCUUUCCAGGGUUACGGUCCCAAGACGUUCUAUAAUUUUUUGGUAAGUUAAUAGAAAUUGACGAUGGCUGUGAUGGUGGCCAGUCUGAUUAAGGCAAAACAUUUUGGGAAUGUUAAAGGACUAAGCUGAAAACGUGCUUUUCUUAAUUGGAUCUUCAUGGAGGUUAUGGUGGACUGGCCAGUUAUUGAACAAUCAUCUUAUUUUGUAAACACGCAUAUCAAACAUUUCUCGAGCUUCAGCAGGGGGCCAAGAUUUAAUUGAAACUUACCAGCAAUGAUUCUGAGAUAGUCCAGACAAUGAAUAUAGUUAUAUUUCGAGUGAGUCUGACCUCCAAAAUUGUUGGUAUGUUCUCUAGCUUGAAUAACACAUGUCAUUUUAAACUUCUUCUCCACUCCCAUUGGUGCCAUUUAGCAGAUGUUUUAUUUGGUUUCAUCAAAACUUCAACAUGGCAGCCACAGUGGCUACUUUGUGACAUGAUUGUGCAGUCCUAUUAGCUUUUAUGUAGAACCAACAUUUUAAAUGUCUUCUUCAGUUCCAUCAAUGGGAUUUAGUUGAAAUCUGCCAUGAUGAACAAUUCUGAUAUGGUUCUGACGAAGAGUUAUUAUUUUUCGACCCUGUCCAAGGUCCAUCACUAAGCAGUAGACAGUACAGCAGACAUUUUUGUAGUAUAAUUUUACAACCAUACUUUUAAUAAACAACAUGAUAUUUCAUGCAGUUCCACCAAUGGGAUGAACCUGACAGUUAAAACGUACCACAAUGAUCCCAUGAUGUUCAUGACCAAGUUGAACAACUGUUGUAACUCCCACUGUAUUGCUUCUGAGUAUGUAUGCCACACCUGAGUACAUUGUACUUGGAUAUCGAUAGUCAGAUGACCAUUAAGACCUAAUUAAUGGGCUUUGAUCUUGUUAUUGAAGGGUAGGUGUUCUUAUAGUCAGACCACCCACUUAAGUUAAGUCAAUGACCCAACUUUUCUCUGGUAAAAACAUGCCAGAAUGUAUAUGAUUGUAAUUAGUUUAAAUCAGUAGAUAGAAAAUCAUAUUCCUGUUCCGGAUUGAGUGUUACUUACUGGGAUACACAUUGAUAAUAAUCAUAUAUCCGAAAAAUUAGUUAAAUUACUAGCUGUCAGUGAUCUAGAGCCGCAGUCAAGCAGACAAUAUAUACAUGUAUCAGAUAUAUAGUGACAGUACAAUGUAAUUUUAUAGUGACACAGUAAAGUAGAAACGAUGAUAUUGAUUUUAUAACUUCUGUCAAUUUAUAUUAUCAUUAUCACUUAAUCAUACUGUAUAUAUGUACCCUUAUUAUAUAUCUGUAACAAAUAAAGUAAAUUUCACUUUUCCCUAAAUGACCACACCAACAGAAAUAAUUGGUACCUACAUGUAAGAUUGAAAAAAAUAUCAGAAUUGUUUUGUAGGAAGUCGAGAUAACAUUUAGUCAAACAUAUUUCACCUGCCAUUUAACCAUAUUAUUGAAUGAAAGUACAAGUAGGGUAUGAAUGUGUAAUUGACUGGCAAAGACUUGGCAAAAAUAAUCUCAACUUGUAUAUAAAACACACUAUAUAUAUGUACCUGAGCUCAGAUGGGGAAUUGAAAUGUGACAAAACGUCAAUAUUUUGAUUGACUUCACACUUCACUAUGCCCAUUAAAUGUUUUUGGAAGUACAGUAAUAGACUCCGUUUUUAACCUAAAAGGGACAAUAAAUUCUGGUGUCAUGGUAUUUUACUCAUCAGAGUAGGGUAUUGGAGUACAUUUAUAUGUAUAUCAAAGUAGGGUAUUGGAGUACAUUUAUAUGUAUAUCAAAGUAGGGUAUUGGAGUACAUUUAUAUGUAUAUCAAAGUUGCUUUGAGAUCUGUUUAAUAUUUAUUGUUCUACUCUGGUGUUAUACGUGUAAAUUAUUUUUUAAUUAAUAGCAGCAACAACAGCAAAAUUUGAACUUUCUUAACCCAUCAGAAACUUAUGUUCUGAUCAAUAAAGCAGUUGGUGAACAAAUUAAAUAGUUUGAAAUUUUGUAGGUUAAAUUAAAGGUUUGUUUUAGUGAAUUCAUCAAAUGAUUCUAUUAACAGUGCGGCAAUGUAGAUGAUCCAUAAUAAUCCUUUAAAAUUACAUGUAUAUGUCUUUUGGUGAAGGGAAUCCAAAAGUAUAUGGCAACAACACAAGGCUAAUUAAGAUUGAGGCAAAUAAACAGGACAUAUUAAACAAAACAAACCUCACUGCUAUGUGUAUCAAGAUUAUAAUCAUAUUGAUUUAACUUGUCAGUUACUUAUUAAUUGUAUGAUAAUUAAUUCUCAAAGUUAUAUAUGUACAACCAGCAUUGCAUGUGAUCCUGAAGCCUGUGCUAUUUAUAUAGAUUACGACAUCUCAUGAUGAGAACUUGGUCAUUUGAGUCAUCGCUACAUGUAUCCACAGCUAUUAUUGAUCUUAUUACUUUGGAAUUUGUACACAACAGACUGGAAUUCUAGGCAGUCACAGAGAACCAGGCCCUGUACCAAAUGUCAGUCAGUUAUACUUGUUUGUUAAUUGUUUUUAAACUCUGGUUACUAUAAUCCAUAAACACCAUACAAGGAAAUUAAUUAUAUUAAUUAUCCUUAUAUGGAAAUCACUCAUUAUGCAAAAAUAACAAACUAAUUUAAUUAAGUUUCAAAAAUACUACAUUGCAGGGAAUGAUUUGGAAUUGCACUUAAAUGAGAGUUGGUCUCUUGUAUUAGAGUUUUGAUUUAGUUCAAUUUUAACGAAUAUAUUUAUGCCCAAUGUACUGCACGACUCAGACAGAAGAGUUAAGUGUUCUGUGUAUACAUGGUAUGUAUAACUUUUGAUUUCAGGAAUUUGCACACAUCAUUCCCAUUGAAGAAAUACAAAUGUUACACAUUUAAAGUUACUGGGUUGGUGGUGUACAGGAUAACUUACACUAGAUGUCCAGUGGUUCAGAUGUGUGCGAGCCGUACAGAAACCUUCAUUCUGGGUAUACACUAGAUGUCCUAUGGUUCAGAUGUGUGCGAGUCAUACAGGAUCCUUCAUUCUUGGUAUACACUAGAUGUCCAGUGGUUCAGAUAUGUGCGAGCCAUACAGAAACCUUCAUUCUGGGUAUACACUAGAUGUCCCAUGGUUCAGAUGUGUGUGAGUCAUACAGGAUCCUUCAUUCUUGGUAUACACUAGAUGUCCCAUGGUUCAGAUGUGUGCGAGUCAUACAGGAUCCUUCAUUCUUGGUAUACACUAGAUGCCCAGUGGUUCAGAUGUGUGCGAGUCAUACAGAAACUUUCAUUCUGGGUAUACACUAGAUGUCCCAUGAUUCAGAUGUGUGCGAGCCAUGCAGAAACUUUCAUUUUGGGUAUACACUAGAUGUCCCGUGGUUCAGAUGUGUGUGAACCAAUACAGAAAGCUUCAUUUUGGGUAUACACUAGAUGUUCCAUGGUUCAGAUGUGUGUGAGUCAUACAGGAUCCUUCAUUCUUGGUAUACACUAGAUGUCCCAUGGUUCAGAUGUGUGUGAACCAAUACAGAAAGCUUCAUUUUGGGUAUACACUAGAUGUUCCAUGGUUCAGAUGUGUGUGAGCCGUACAGAAACCUUCAUUUUGGGUAUACAUUAGAUGACCAAGUUCAGGUUACAUGGCUACGUAUAAUAGGUAUUUUAAUGUUUUGAAAAUUGUAGUGAACAAUUUAUUCUAGGUAUAUAUGAUGUGUACAGGUUACAGCAAAUUAAACCUAAGACGUUCAGACAUUAGUACUCUUUAUCAAGUGGUUCAGUUGGCAGUGAACCAGAACUGUUAGUGAGGGUACACAAGGUUACACUGGUGGGUGGGUUGUAUUGAACCAAUGACUUGUAAUUAAGGUCUGGUACACUGAGAGUGUAAAUAAAGUGUAAGAUUUUAUAUUGUUUUAUUGAAGGUGCUUUUUCAAUACCACUCUAUAGGUGUUAUAUUGUCUCUGAUGUAAUGAGAUAGGAGUAUAUGUAUUUGUUAGUCUGAAGUAUUUCUACACAGGUUCACUGAAAUCCAUUAAAUGUUUAAAUUCUGUAAAAGUAACUUUUUGUAAAGCACUACUACAGCAGUUAAGAAUAUAACCAACACUACAGAUACAUCACGUCUAGUCUGUAUUAUAUAGGCUUAUGGUAGAGAUGGCUUUACAGUCUAGUGAUCAAUUCAGUACCUCAAAAGUUCUACAAGUUCAAAUAAUUGUUUUCAAUAAUUUAAAAGAAAUUUUGAAUUAUUAAAAUAUCUUAACUAAAUUUACAUUAGAGUUAUUGGUUUUCAUUCAAUAAAUGUGAAUACUAACUGGUAUGGAAAAUUAUGUAUGUUGGGUCAAUAAGUAUGUUGUAUAGAUUAAUUCUGCAUUACCCACACUGUACAAUUAAAAAGUCUUUCCAGUAAUUAAUACAUGUGUAUACUAGAAAUCAUGACCACAAGAUAUCUAAAUGUAUCAUUGUAUUAACCAGAUUUGCUAGGUUAGAAAAUUAAAGCUUGCAAAAAGGGUUGAAUUUUUUCCACUUCUAAUAUUUGUUUGUAAUACGGUACUUAACAAACAUGUAUAAUGACAAAAUGCUCGAGAAUAAAAUAUAUAUCACAAUAAAUCACACCUUUUACUAAAUUAUUACAUAGACUGCCUGUUGCUAAAAUACAAGGUCAUUUAACAAUUCAUAAUUUUCCAUCGAAGUCUGCAAUUCAUUGUUUAUUGAAAAUUCCUUAGAGUGAUAAAUCUAUACUAUGAUAUAUUACAUCAGUUACACAUUAGUUAUUUAUAAUUUCAAUUUUUAUGGUGAAGUAUUUUGUACAAUUUAUAUAGCUAAUAAUGGUUAGAAAUUAAAUAGUUCUCGGGUAAUAUUAGUUUGGUGUUUAUGAAACAGGCAUGCUAUUUUCAAUACAUGUUUGUGUAGCAUUUUUGUAAAUGUACAUUACAAAUUAAAUGUAUCAUUAUUUUUAUGCACAUUUUGUGGCCAAGAUUUGGAAGAAAUUCUAUGGAAAAAAAGUAUUUGUUAGUAGAUUUACUUUAUUGAUUCAGAAGGUCUAUAGUGAAUGGGUAUAAAUUGAUAUAAUACCUGGUAUUUGGUGUAUGGUCAGUAGAGUUAUGUCCCUUCUAGUACAAAUAGACCAUUCUAGUCCAUACCAGUAAAGAAUGUACUUUGCCGUUAGUGUAUGUUUUAGAGUAUUUGUGUGCUAUUUUGACUAUUUUUAGCAUAUUUUUGUAUACAGGAUUUUGUUGGAAUAUGUUAUUACAGAUGGAAGUAAAUGUUGGUAUAAAAUGAGAAA